GCGCCAGUUCAACGAUCAAGUGCAGCCCGGGCGCACACUCGACGAGGCUGUUUAUGUGCGCGGGUGCGCGUACGCUUGCUCAGAUGCGGCGUUCCAUAUUCGAAUAUCGAAACAUACGAGAGUACUCACUGAACAAAUAGUUGAACAUUAAUAAUGAACUUUAUGGCACCAUCAUUAUUCAAGUGAACUGUGUUUGUUGUCAAGUUUCGUAUUGAACCGGUACGUCCUGAAGAACACGCCGUUAUUUCUAAGUGGGUCGAAUAAAAAGAUGUAACGUGCUCGAGCGACUACUGUGAACUGUCUAGUAAUAGUGUAAUGGACUGAGUACAGUUUUGUGCCGUUAAAAUGCAUGCAAUGGACACAAUGGGCUAUGGCCACAAGAAGUAUAGGCCACCCCUGUCACCUACCAACUUUUACCAGCAUGACUACUACUCUAGGCAUACCACACUACGGCCUCAGAGUGAAUAUCGAUUCGCUGGUGGGGGGUAUCCUCGGACGAAUAGCGGUGGCGGGCGCAGCAGCGGACUGUGCUCCGCGGCGUUGGUCGGCGGAGCCCUACUGGCUGCUGUGGCCGUGCUGGCGGUUGCUGCACUUGCCUUCUACAUGGGCGCACUCAGGCCUGACAAUGGAGAACCAAUGAUGUCCUUCGAGGGAACUCUCCGAGUGACCCAUGGAGACGUAUACGGAGGUGCCUCUGGCAGCCCGGCGUGGCGCGAGAGAGCGCGUCGGUAUGGCGCAGCACUCCGGCAAGUGUAUGCGGCGCCAUCACCUUUGCGUCAGGCAUUUGCCGGUGCCCUAGUCACUGGCUUUGGGGAUCGCCGGCUCGACGUACAUUUUAAAUUAUACUUAGAUAGAAGAAAAAUACCAAGUUCCGUAGCGAAUAUAGAAGAAACUCUAAAGAAUAUUUUAGUUCAAGAUUUAUUAUCGAAACAUCCAGCAUUUGGACAAACGAUAAAAGUCGAUACAUCCAGUAUAGUUAUUAAAAGAGAUUUAGAACACACUUACCAUUCUGAGUCUUACGUAAAAGAAGCUAUGAAUGAAAGUAUGACAACAAAUUAUCCUAAAUCCUCUGGACCACAGAAUGCGAAGGAUAAGACUGUUCAAACAAGAGUCGGAGUAGUGCGAAAAACUACUGUUAAACCAGGAAAAAAAGGAGAUCCUGAUGAGCCAGAUAUUGAUACUGAAAAUAUACCUGUCGUCCAAGGUUCAUUUCAAAUUACAAAGACUGAAGCAGAUAUAACAGAAAAUAAACAUAAUUCUAGUCCUAUACGACAUGAUGAUAAGAACCAUAAAAUACAAUCUGGAAAAAUGAGUACAACAACUAGGUCGCCUACAACUAAAUUAUCUACUACUAAAAUAUCGACAACUAAACGAAUACCGACAACUACACUUAAACCAAAAUCUUUCACAAUUACUUCUAAUUAUAAUAUAAAAACAAAAACAGAAUCAACACCAAAACGAGAAACAGAUAACAAUAUUCAGAAAUCGACGACGACGACAACUACAUCGUCGUCUACUGUACCUACUACUACUGCCAUUAUGACGACUACAAAUAAUGUAUCACAAAUUUUAUUUGAUCUCUUAACAAAUGAAAACCACUACAAAGAUAUACCAAAAAUAGAUACACUAUUUACCGUUCCACAUGUAAUAGAUAAUGAACCAUGGCGUCCUAUUACAAGACCAUAUUAUGAAACUACUAGUAAAGUCACUCCACAAGCCGAAGUUAGUGAUCAAAAUGCUGAAGAUAGAAUAGGAGUUGCAGAAGUUGUUGAAGAUAUAUCGGUAUUGGAAAGUAUGUUGACUCCAAUACCUCCAGUAAAACAUCGUGAUAAGACUACUCGUCGCCCAGGAAAUGUAUAUAAUGUAGAUCCCAGUUUAGCUGCACACGUAUAUGUUCCUAGUCCUGUCUACACAAGUUUUACUCUACCCACAUAUGCGCCCCCACUUAAAAACAUGGAAACUUUAGGUUCCGGCUACGUAAAACCUCAUCCUCUACCUGUAGAUAAAAUUAGUUCGGUAGUAGAGGUUUCACAAACAACAGACAUGGAUGAUGAUGAUGGAAAACCAGUGAUAAGACCACCAAAGGAGAAAACAACAUUGGCAAUGUUAAAUGUAAUAAAACCCAAUGAACAAGAUAACACCACUAAAGAAAUAUCAGUAGAAGGGGCAUCUAUAUUAAAGAUAAAUAAUGUAACUACAUCUCCUGUCAUAAACACUAUAAAUAACAUUCCUUCUAAUACUACAACUAUUAAUCCAGUAAACAUCUUUAUAACAAGUUCAGAAAGGACAAUAGAUCAAAAAUCUAAUACAACCAAUAAUGAAACUGCAAUUGAAAUAAAAGAAACACAUAAUAUUAAUUCGACAAAAAUUUCUCAAGAACUUCAUACCAAUAAUACUACUAAAGAAAAUUCAACAAGACGUCCUAAUAAUAAAGUAUCCAUAAUUCCGACAACAGUCAUGCCCCAUCAUACAUGGGAAUUAAUUAAUACUUCCACUAAUAAUGAAAAUAGCACCUUCAGUAAAAUUUCUCCUGAAAAGUAUUAUAAUGAUACCCUACAAGCUAUAAUUACUAAAAAUGAUGCUGUAUUUCCUAAUACAACACCCAGAUUUCAAAAUAAGAUAUCCAUUUUGAAGAAUUUGACUGACAUUAUUAAGAAAUAUACACAUAAUACAACAGAAAAACCAAAACAAGAAUCGCACAACUCAGAAAUCGAGGAAAGACACAGUCAUAAUAAAAUGACAGGAUCGGUAGAAGUUGUACCCGAUGAUGAACUGACAUUACAGGCCACAACAACAGGAGUUAUUACAUUAUUACCUGCUAAAUCCAAUCUUGGAGUAAAUCGCCCUUUACGGCCACGACCAAAAAUAAGACCAGAGUCUCAAUCUACAAAAGAAAGCUUACGUAGUUUUUUUCGACCUGAUCCUGAAACACAAAAUUUAAUGAAUAAAUUUAAUACUGAAAACCAUGUUGAAAUUGUUAAAUCAUCCAGUGAAUUUUUUGACAUUUCUGAAAUUGUUACAUCAUCUACUGUUAUAGAUGAAAAAGAAAAUGAAGAGCGAGUAACCUUUGUAACUGUAACUGACAAUAUAAAAGUAACCGAUGUUCCUAAUAACAGUACAAGUAACAACAGACUUCCUAAAUCAAAUGAUGAUUUAAAUUCACCAGGUAAUAAUAAAAAUAUUACAUCAAAAGAUAAACAGAAUAAAAAUACUGCAGAAGUACCUGACGGUACAUAUAGAGUAUCAUACCACGUAACUGGUAGUGUCAGUAGUAAACAGGCAAAUAAAACACUUAAUCUCCCUGCUUAUGAAUUAGCUCUAGAACCUGAUGUAGUUCUUGAAAUACCGUUUAAUCAAUCAAAUACCUUAACUAUAGAUAAGUUAAAACAACUAGCUAACCUGGCUACAAUAUCAGAUUCCAAUAAUAAUACUUUAUUUCGUUCUCCCAGCGGAGUAAUAUCUACAAAAGCAAUUCCUUCCAGUUACACAUUAAAUCAAGCUGGAUUUAAAAUUCUAACAAAAACAUACAAUAAAGUAAAACAAGAAGAAAAUAGUUUAAGUAAACCAGAAAAAACAUAUAGUAAGCCACACUUUAACAAACCUGAGAAAGAAAAAGACAAUGUGCUAUAUGUGGAAGAGGAAUGUAAUAACAUAACAUCAUUUCGUUGCAACAGUGGUACUUGUUUAUCGCUAACUUCCCGCUGCAACCGCUUACUUGACUGUCCUGACGGUGAAGAUGAGCGUGCCUGUUCUUGUGCUGACUACUUACGUGCAGAGUUCUCGCAAGCUAAGAUUUGUGACGGUGUCGUUGAUUGUUGGGACUAUUCGGACGAAAAUAAAUGUGAUUGGUGUAAUGAAGGACAAUAUGUAUGCGCUAAUGCUCGUCAGUGCAUUGAUAUGGCUAAGGUUUGUGACGGAAACCCUGAUUGUCCACUUGGUGAUGAUGAGAAAAGCUGUGUUACUCUAGCAGACGAAUUAGAAGAUAACGAAGUAGUUCCUUAUAACGAAGAGGGUUUUGUUAUGGUGCGCAAACGCGGUGUCUGGGGUAGACUUUGCGUUGAGAGUUUUGCAGAUGUUGUAUCCCAGGCACACAGUUCCCUCAAAUUACCGGACCUUGGCAAAGCUGUUUGUCGAGCUAUGACAUUCCACGACUCUCCCUGGGCAAGAGAGGCGCGAGAAGGCCGUAAGGCUAGUUCAGUCGGGUACUGGGAAGUGUGGCACAACACCGCCGCGCGCGCCUCCGACUCGCGGCUGACGUUCCGCCGAGCAAGCUGUGCACGCAAGAGGGCGCUGCGCGUCCGCUGCAAAGACCUUGACUGCGGGAUCAGACCUCAUGCUGACGCUCAACAACCAAGGAAUAUAUCUAACGUGGGCAUGCGUGUGCGAUGGAGCAGGGUGGUGGGUGGCGGUGGAGCGGCGGCUGGAGCUUGGCCGUGGCAGGCCGCGCUCUACCGAGAUGGAGAUUUUCAGUGCGGCGCCACUCUUAUCUCAGAACAAUGGCUGAUCUCCGCCAGUCAUUGUUUUUACCAAGCCACAGAAGCACAUUGGGUAGUUCGUCUAGGCGCGUUACGUCGCGGCGCUUGGCCCCGGGGUCCCUGGGAGCGGGUAGCACGCAUUCGUCAGAUUGUCCUUCACCCACGAUACGCCCCACAAGGUUUCCGCAAUGAUAUAGCAAUGCUCAGAAUGGAUCCAAUAUUACUGCACGCCAGGCUGCGACCCGCAUGUUUACCGCCACUUCGAGCCCAGCCUCCCGCCGGUCAACAUUGCACAGUCGUUGGAUGGGGACAGCUAUAUGAACAUGAAAGGGUUUUCCCGGACACUCUGCAAGAGGUUGAGCUACCAGUGAUAUCGACGGCGGAGUGCCGCCGCCGCACACGACUUCUGCCGCUGUACCGAGUCACCGAGGACAUGUUCUGCGCUGGCUAUGAGCGCGGCGGUCGCGACGCCUGCCUCGGCGACUCCGGCGGGCCGCUAAUGUGCCAGGAGUCAGAUAGAUGGUACAUCUAUGGAGUGACCAGCAACGGCUACGGAUGCGCGCGAGCCAAUCGUCCAGGAGUCUACACUAAAGUGUCCAACUACAUAGAAUGGAUAGACAACGUGAUGGCCACUUACACGGUUCAACGCAACUACACCGGCGACUACGAAACUGACGAAGACUUCUACGCGGAUCUAGAAGCAGCCGAAAACAAGCGAGCUAUAAGGAGAGACACGUGUAAAGGCUUCAGGUGCCCUCUCGGAGAAUGUUUACCAGCGUCUAGUGUAUGCAAUGGAUUCUUGGAAUGUUCAGACGGAAGUGACGAAUGGCAGUGCAACAGGCCUAUACUAAAUAACUCUAGUACACACGCUCCCGACUAACUUUAAUAUUUAUACUAUGUAUUUUAAAUUAUUAUAAGCCAGUACUUAGGUCAUAGAGUACUUAUUCGAAAUUCGACUGAUAUCUUGUAAGUAGAUUUAAGUAAUGAAUCUCAACUGGACCUAUUUAUAACGCGAGAUGAUAACUCAUCGUACAGCUCAAUUAAAUAUUUUGCUGAAACAAUCCAUGCCAUAUAUGAAUUUGGGCCCAUUUGUAUAUAUAGGUAUUAUUCAUGCCCAAACUUGUUUUACCACUGCAUGUUUACUUCUAAAAAGUAUUUAUUGAAUUUUAUGGCACACCUUUUCCGUUUGAAUAAGUUUAAAAUAUUGGAAUGGACGACGUUUGCCAUGAACUAUUAAAAUAAAAACAUAACAGUU